AUGGACGCUACCGUGGUGCCCCCAACUGCGCUCGUGGCUCCGGAACAGACACUUACAGAUGGUGAGGCUCCACCAACACCUUUCUCGCAAACUGCCGGCGUGGAGCCGAACCAAGCCGCUUCAGAGGGUGUGCCGGACUUACCACAGACUCAGACCACUGCCGUGCCUGACAUUCCGCCAACUCCAUUUGCAGAGGUUCCAUCCACAGCAGCGGAUCUAGGGGACUUGGUUUCAACGCCACCUAGGGUCGCACCACAGCCUCAGCAUGAAUUGGGUGGCCCCCUGGACUUGGCUACCAGUCCCCAGCGGUCUGGCAGAGUUUCCAAGCGCCCAACUUAUUUAA